AUGUCUGGCAAUUUCCAGAUUCAACAGAAGCGGGACCACUUGAAAGCGGGCGGCGCAUUGAUGACAGAAUUGGACCGAAUGGACUUCUACGACGUCGAAUGUGACAGCCCAAACUUUGCUAGCGCGCUCACGCAAGCGCGGGAAAAACUGCGACAAGAAUUCGAAGCUAUAGCUGCGACUCUCUCCAGCGUCACUGGGAAACCGGAGGGGAUGGUCCACUACACGCCGCUUGCUAAAUUCCUUAAUCUUUGCCUCACACACGGAAUGAAUUCUCUCACAAAGGCAAAAAUAAUAAGCAAAUCCGACUCAGAGUUCUCCUACACCAACUCGAAGUUUUUGGUGUAUGCGCGGCCAACUGCGGACGGCGUUCUAAAGGAGGCACCAUUACAGCCUGACAUAGUACUUGUUCCGAAGAACACUGGCCAUGAUAGUGCGAAAAUCCGUGUCCGAGAUGGCAUCCGUCUUGUUUGGAAUCGCCUCGAUUCCAAGGAUAUACAAAUUCAAAUUGUUGUCGAGGUAAAGAAUGAGUGGACAGAACUAAUUCGUCAGGCGGCAACCUAUGGGCGCGCCGCCUUUUCUGCAUUUCCACUUCUCACAUGGGUUUUGGCUAUGGGAUACAACCAAGCAACUGGGAAGCUUCGUUUCCUGAUCUUCCAUAGAGGUGGCUUGACCUGCUCUCCUCCACUCAACAUAUUCGAUGACGCUGGUCGGGACGAUUGUCUAAAGAUCAUCAUGGCGGUCCUCACUUGUAACACGCCGUCCGCCCAUGGAUAUGUGGAGUGGUGCGAUGGGCCUCGUGUUCGACUUCCAGUCUCGAUCAACAACGCGCGCCAAGUCAGUGAAUAUGUCGAUGCUAGUAUCAAAGAUGUUCUCCACAGCGAUACUUGCUGUCGCGGGCGAGCUACACAGGUGUAUAGUCUGACAUACAGUUGGCCGCCGGCGAAUCUUACUUCAGAAUCUUCGCCAACUACUGGAACCGCACAACACUGGCUUCACACUGCUCCCGAAAGGACACCACGUGAGGCUCAAACCGCAACUCAAAAUCCUCAACAGUCUGGAUUAGCCCACUCUCCGACAUCCAAUGCCAUGGCAUCAGAUAAGGGUCACGGUGAUUCCGGGUCUUCGAGUUCUGCUGGCGGUAAUCAGGCUGAUUCGCCUGAAGCUAAACCAUCUAAAUCUGUCUUUCGCCCGGGGCUUCCUCGCUAUCCCCUAAAAAAUCUCAAUGUUCACAGUCACACGUUCACCAAGGGUCUUGACAAUCAAGUCAAAGAUAAAUGUGUAGUGCUCAAAGCUACCUGGGCCAAAGACCACCCUGACUGGAAGAGCAUUGAAAUGGAACUGAUGAAUGUUUGCGGAAACUUGUUUGGCUGCUCGCGACACCAUUAUUCGAUUCUCCCGGCAGACGAAACUGGUGCCCCCAGCACGAAUCAUUUGUUCCUUCCAACUCCAGAGCAAAACUGGGAUGACUUUCAUUGGGAUGUCUUCCACCUAUCCACGCCGACUGCAUCAAAGACGAAAAAUCAGAAAUCAAAGAAAAUCGCACCCAUGCCAGAAUACUGCAGCCUUUCACUCCAUCUUUCCGAUCUCAAAGGUAGAUCUCUCGUCCUCUGCGAGAGUCCGUCAUCCCUUUUCACAUCUGUUCUUCAUGUGAUGCUUGGAUGGCUUUCGAUGUUUCAGAACGGCUUCCUCCAUCGUGACCCUAGUAUCGGGAAUUUACUUGCCCUCGAAGCCGCAGAAGAAAUGCCUCCCUUUGAGAUCGAUGAUGCCUUGCUUAAAGGCAACAAGAGCCUAGAGGAGAUCGAAACGUCGUUGACGCAGCUUGAACCAAAGGAUCACGACCAUAAACCGCAAGCAGAACGGAUCAGAAAGUUUAUGCAAGUACUGGCUGUGGGGACGAAAUCAUCCGCAGUUGCAAUUGAUGGUGACAACGCUGUGAAGUGGCAUGAAUUCAAUGCUGCACGAAAUGUGUCGCGUUCGGGUACAAUCGAAUUCAUGUCCCCGGAGCUCGUGACAGUGUUCGCUUCCAAGAAGCCAUAUCUCCAUAGCCCUGUCGAUGACCUCUAUGCCCACUUCUAUGUGACUCAAUGGGCAGCGGUUUUCCACCCAACUCCCAAAGGAGAGAGACUUGAAGUAUUGCGAAAUCAGUUGAGCACUAACAACAGUAAAGAUGGAGUGAAGGCCACAGUUAUGACCCUUCGCCCCGCCCCCGCAGAUAUCAGGAAUUACGGCGGCUUCUUGUGCAAAUGUGCAUCUCUUUUCGACCUCUGGGAUGCCAAAUUAAGGAAAUUGUGGCCUGAUUACAGAGCUGCUUUCGAAGAAGUUAACCAAAUCGAAAACAACGAAGAACUGUUGAGGUCGUUGUUUAUGACCUACGCGUAUCGCGGGGUUGCGGACUACAUGGAGGUUUUGGCUGAGUGGAGGGAAGCCAAUCCGUCGGAGGUUUAG